AGAAUCUGAGUCCUCCAGCGUGCAUACACCACAGACAAUCCCCUCCAUACAAGCUGCGCAAAGACAACGUGCCGGCCAGUCUCUAAGGAACAGGGCUCCCGUCUCGUCACCAAACCUUCUCCCGUGGCGACACUGCAUUCGUAAACUCAAAGCCGGGCCUGGCAAUCCUAGUCACACAAUUCCCCUUUACCUGGCACUGCCAUUGCCGCCCAAUAACUGCGAAUCAAACUCGCACAUUGCAUGAGGAUUCGAUAGAUGUCCGCCUCAUGUCAACUUCCCUUCCUGAGCCCGAAAAUGCCGCACCCACCGGAUCGGUGAGAGAAGAGCAGGGUCACCAAAGCUAUCGGCAUGGCGACCAGAACAAAAGUCGGCCAUGGACUCAACCUCCCAGACCAAGCUCCACCUCAUUAUUGACACAGGCUCUAGCUACAACUUACGAAGCAGACGAAUCUCCUCAUACAGACAUUAGCACAACUCCCCACUUUCGAGACGCGCUGGGAACGCAGCCAUACCUAUCCCCCAGGGAGGAACAACGAGGCAAUGGCAUGAAUACCACGGACAACACGCAAACAGCUGCACGCAAGAUGGCAACGAUGACCACAGUGUCUGCAGGCGAGCUGCGCAGAGAUGACAUGAUAGACAUCUCAUCUGCAUCGCCCACCAGUCGAUUCACUCUCCACGACCUGAAUACUGUCAAUGGGCAUCUCAUAAACCAUCGGACGUUCUUGAAGAAUGCCGGAGGCAGGGGUACCUCUCUAGAGCGGACAGAGAAAGAGAAGAGGGUACAAGAUGGUCCGAAGAGUCUCUAUUCCAUCAAUGCUGGUGAUACUGGCAUGACCCAACCCGCAGGACCCCUGAACCCCACUUCUUCGGACUCAAUUUCCAACAACCAUCCAACAGAAGGUGUGCGAGCUGAAUAUAGAUCUUGGAGAGAGCCUCGUCCAAGCAUCACUGCUGAGAAGACAUGGUCGAUUGGUGCACAAGGUGGCGAUGGUAGCCAUGGCGGACAGGUGGAGAGGUCUAUUACUGACGCCCUGGCAAGAGUUGAACCCAGCAAUCGAAGUAGAAAAUCCAGCCACAGUUUGCGGUUCUUCAAGGAGGGUCUGCCAGAAGACAGGAUGAGAAAGCGGGACAGCAUUGUUCGGGGCCGUUCCAAUGAUCACUUCCCCAUUCACAUCCAGGCCAAGCAAGACACCGAACAGACCCAGACUGGAUCAGAGCCGCCACCUCAAAAAUUUACUCGUGCUUUGAGCAGCGGUUCGCUUGGAAAAGGAGGUCCUCCCCACUCUUCUGUCGAGCAGGGAAAACCUAUGACCAAACAUAAUCUGGAUCCUGCCACGAAUCUGACCGAAGGCCUCGCACCUGCCGAAGACUACUUUGACGCUUCACAUACCAUUGAAACGAUUUCAAAGGAGCAACUAAAAUCGAUGCCCGCUCAACUACUUGAUGAUAUUCGGAGGCGCCAUAAUUUGACCCCUGGAGCACCAAAGUCUUCUUCCUUUUCAGGAAGUCUCCCUCUCACAGCGUCAGAGAGGCCAAAGCCUGGGAGUCUCAAACCAGAGGAAGACAAGGAUGAGCCUAAGGAAUCUAAACCUCAGCGAAAAGACCUUGGUGACCAAGAUGGUGCAGAUCUGUCUCUUGUGAAAUCACUUGACGAGGGUGAUGAUUCUGGAGAGGAGCAAGUGUCUUCAGCCGUGUUCUUACCCCAUCAAACACCACACGAAUCUCCAGAAAUAGAUAGAGUUGGCACCGAGGGUGCAUCGGGAUUAGGUUGGAAGGACCAAACCAAGCCGGAAACCUCUCAAUGGCUCGAAGAGCAUGUGGUCCUGUCAGGCGAUGUGGAUAAAAGGUACCUCGCCAAGGACGUUAACGCCCGACCUCUUCCAUCCCCUGGCCUCCCGAAACAGCCAAGCGCAUUCCAUGAGGCUGAUACACGAUAUCCUGACUCCAAAGUUGUCUCGGACAUUGACCGAGACUCCCAUGAUGAUGAAGGUGCCUACUCUACAGUUGGCGAAGAAGAUCUCGGUCUUACUGAUGCCUCAGACACAACGCCAACAGGCUCUUUAAAGACUCAGCGGCGCUUGUCCAAGGAUUAUAAGCAACACAUCCAUGAUCACCAGCAAAAACCGAAGGCGCCCUUGGACGCGAUUGAAUUGAUCCCAUACCGUCACCAAGUUGGAGGUCACACAACAAUGUGGCGGUUUUCUAAGCGUGCUGUUUGCAAGCAGUUGAACAAUCGCGAGAAUCAAUUCUAUGAAACAGUGGAGCGCUAUCACCCUCAGUUACUGAGAUUCCUCCCAAGAUAUAUUGGUGUUUUGAACGUUACGUUUGAAAAACAGUCACGCCGGAAAUCUGGGAGAAAGGAGGGUGAAGAGUCUACCAUUGAGCAGCGUCAAGACAUUGGGCAAGAAGACCUCGGGUCGAAACUGACUGCAGUUGAUCUCAGUUCUACUAAUGGACAUGCUCCCGUCGAGAAGCAACCAGCAGAUGAACGAAUCAUCAGUCAAUCGAUCCAGUCAUCUUCUGUCCCAGUGCCUACCGUUACUUUUACGGAUAACAGACACAUUCUGCCUAGUAGUUUCUUACAUGGUCAUCCAAAUUUUGUUGACUCGCAGCACCGAUCCAUGAGCAACGGUACAAUAUCAAUUUUAACGGGUCCUCCUACCGGCCCUCCCCUAGUGUCGCCAGAGCGUCAUGACGGUGCUUCUUCUCGGCCAAAUAUGUAUGAGAAACCUGCCCAGAGCUGGGGCAUGACGACUGUUAAUAAAGAUUUACGCAACGAAGUCUUCACAGAUGCUUUCCUUCGUCAACCGAUUCCAAUCCAGCGGCACAAGAAGCCAGCCUCGCAGCAACGUUCUCUCACGGGUCGUCACCCACCUGGCCUGCGUAAUUCAAGUUCAGAAUCUAGUCUCAAGACUUCACAGCAUAGCCAGACAACCUCACAGCUAGGGGAGGAAUCGAUUCGGAGAAAAGCAAUGAAGACAGCUGCUGAACAGAAGAGCCGUUCGAUGCACCCAGAUGCCCAGCCAGCCGCAUCGAACAAGUUACAGGUCGAAGAGAAAGAUUCCGAACUUGACGGGAAGACGGGCACUAGUGCACCUGAGCCCGAACUUGCUCACGCUGAAAAGACUCCUACGAGUAAACGUCAACGGCGCUAUUCUAGCGGUAGUCUGCGUCGGAAGCCUUCCGAAGUAGCUGACGAUAGAGGCAUUCUGCAGUAUUUUGAAGAAGCCGAUGAUGUAGGCUACAAGGGCGACAUCGAGGAAGAUCUGUUUGCAAUGGACCCCGAGCCGCAGCUUGCAUUGGCCGGAAAACCUGCUGAUAGAGCUGAGAAAGCUGCCGCGAUUAAUAUGGAGGUUCCCCCGAACGCGCAGCCUUCGGGCACCGCGGGCAUAGGAAGCAUGCUACCAGCUGCUCCUGAGGAUCCUUCAAAGCUCUUGCAAGCUCCUCGGCCACUUAAUCCGAAGGAAGCACGUGCUCAACUGGGAACCCGGAAAGAGUACUUUCUUCUUCUUGAAGAUUUGACUGCUGGAAUGAAGCGCCCGUGCAUUAUGGACCUCAAGAUGGGAACUCGUCAAUAUGGCGUUGAUGCAAACGAGAAGAAGCAGCUGUCGCAGCGUCGGAAGUGUGCGGAGACAACCUCCAAACAAUUAGGUGUACGGGUCUGUGGGCUGCAAGUUUGGGAUGCGAAAACUCAGACGUACAUCUUCCAAGACAAGUACUUUGGCCGAGAUCUCAAAGUGGGGUCCGAAUUUCAAAACGCUUUGAUGCGAUUUUUGUAUGACGGUGUCACCUAUUCCAGCGUUCUUCGGCAUAUCCCCACUAUUUUACUAAAGCUUUCCGAGCUUGAGGUCAUCAUUCAGUCUCUUGCUGGGUACCGGUUUUACGCAGCGAGUUUGUUGAUGUUUUAUGAUGGAGAUGAUGAAAUAAAAGAUGAAAACAAUCUUGCAGGGAGGAAGGAGAUUGAUUUCAAAAUUGCGGAUUUCGCAAACUGUGUUACAAAAGAAGAUUUUCGUUCAGAAGAACGGCCUUGCCCUCCCAGACAUCCCGAGUCACCAGACAACGGGUUUUUGAGGGGUUUAAAGAGCCUGAGAAGCUAUUUCCUGGCCAUUCAGAAGGAUAUAUACCACGAACUGGGCAUGGCAGUUAAGGGGCUUGAAAACGGGCAUAAUGAGCGCGUGUUUGAACAUGGAGAUGAAGACGAAGAUGAAGAAAGUGGAAUGAGUUACUGACUGGCAUGUGCAAACCCAAAUUCUGUUUUGUGGAUUUGAUCUCUGGCGUUUGGGCAUCGCGUGGAGGUAUUGUACGGUAUGGCAUUCGCAUUGUUCGGCGUAGUAAAUCGGAUUCAGCGCAUACCCUUUGAUCGCGUUUGCACCUAGAGUUCAGGUGGAAGCGCUGUACAUAAUUCUGUUCUCAGGAGCUUGAAAGGCCGCCUGGUGGUGAGGGUUUGAUCGUUGAUUCAAGACCUCGGUCAAUUCUAAAAACAUUAAAUGCACAUUAUGUCGC